CUGACUAACCACAUGAUUAUCCUAACGUAAGCAAGCGAAGCCCGCGCAUUUGCCGGGGCUCUCGCACAAACAAUUUGGGCAAGUCCUUGGAAACGAGCCAAAUUGAAGUGGUCCAAAGCGGCAUCAAGCUGCGGUGCACGCCCAUGCUCGCUGGAGACCAAGGACAUGACUAUUAGUGCUCGCCCCAGAAAGUGAACCAUUGGCGCACUUCUCCAUUUUGGCCGGGGGUGGCGGACGUGAUGCCUAGAGGAACACAGCAGCUGCAAUGCAGAUCACUGUAUCCAUAUCAAGGUCUGGAAAGGGAGAACAGGCAACACUGACGCAAACGCUGUAGACGCCGAUAAUAAUGUCCAGAUAUUGUAUGUACUGGUGUCGUUAGUAUUAGUGACAAUUGUCAGCUGUAAAGCGAAAGGAGCAGAAGAUGUUCAGACGCUCGCGGGGACGCUCGCCGGGACGACCGCGUCCGUGAGACCAGGACCCGGGCCGCGGGGACUUUGCCGUGGGGGAGGGGGGGGGAGACUGGAGCGGACCUGUUGCGGAGGCAAGUAAAGUAAGAGCUUUCACCACAGCAAGAGCCCAGGCGCUAGGACUCUCCAAGGUGUGUUUGCAUGUGGGGGCACAACACGCCAAGAAGCUGCCUCUGUGGCGUGGCCAAGUCCAUCGUCAUCUUCGACAAGCGCGUUAAGGGGCGGCCAUGGGCUACAAUCAACUACUACGCCGCCGUCAGCCCCCGGUACGGCGGCCUGCACAUCCAGCUCGUCAGCGGCACCAAGGGCCCGGGCUACACGGCACCACGCGUCUACACGACCAAGGCCGGUGCCCUGGCCGCUGGACCUACAGAGGAGGAAUUUGAGGCGUUCAUCAAGGCGAUGCUGGACAAGCAAGUGGUGUGGAUUAAGGGAGUGGGGGGAGAUGAGGAGGUGGGUCAGACCCACCUCCUGUACGCCCCCACUCAGCCCAACCAAACCAUGCCCGACGACCCCCGCUACAAGCCCAUCCACCGGAGCGUGGUGGACGGAGACUGGGCGAGGCCCAACGGCAUCACGCCUGAGACGCACACGCUCCUGCCGCCCUACAGCCCCGACAUGCACAGCGUGAUCGAGCUGACACACGCACACCUCAUGCUCCACUUCCAGACCUUCAUCAACAACCGCGUGCAGGUGCAGUUUGACACGCUGCAGCCCUACCUGGACGAGCUGGAGAGGCUGUUUAACACCCUGAUCACUCACGCGUACGUGUGGAAGCUGACCGUGCGCGUGUACAAGACGGUGCUGCCGGCGAUUGUGCAGGCGAAGGGCGCGUACCCAGACAAGGAGGAUCGGUGAAGGCCUGUCCAGGGGUUGAGCGGCGAGGAAGAGGGGGUCAGUGAGGCGUUUGCAGAGGUUAUACUUGCUAGACGCAGGGUAAAAGCAAGGUGGAGCCGGCGGAAGGCAGAAGCGGGGUAGGGCCGGACGCGGGGUGCGAGGGGGCAGGAGAGGUGUCGGGCGCGGGGCGUGGCGGUUUGGGCCACACGCCGUGCAUAUUGAAAUCGAAGCUUCUUCUCACCGUCUCGGUUUUCGCGUGUUUCUUUGAGCCUAAUACGCCUUCGAUACAGUUUUAACCAGUGCACAAAGCAGUGCGUUACGACGACGCUCCAGGUGCGAGCACGAAAUCACUAGAAUCGCGA